AGCGGAUAUGAACUGAUAAACUGCUCCUCUGUCUGCAUUUAUCGCCCAUUCGUCAACAUUUAGUCUAAAUAAGCAAACACACACACGACAGAAGAUGUCGGAAACGGGAAACCGACUACGGAAGCUUCUCGAAUCUCCUAAUUUCGACCCUCAAAAUUACGUCAAGCAGCUGUCACAGCAGUCCGAUGGCGACAGAGAUUUGCAGGAGCAUCGUCAAAAAAUCCAAAACUUGGCCGACGAAACGGCUCAAAACCUGAAGAAAAAUGUCUACAAGAACUACAGACAGUUCAUCGAGACGGCCAAAGAGAUUUCCUACCUGGAGAGCGAGAUGUAUCAGCUGAGUCACAUCCUGACGGAGCAGAAGAGCAUCAUGGAGAGCAUCACUCAGGCCUUGCUGUCCACAGACAAAGAUGAGACCUCUAAGGAGAUGCAGGCUGCUUUCCCCAAAGAAACAGAGGAGCUGAAGCAGAGGACGCUCACCUCACUGCUGGAGAAAGUGGAAGGGGGUAAAAACAUCAUGGACACCCCAGGGAGGCACCUCGUCUACAAUGGGGACCUUGUGGAGUUUGAUGUUGACAAUAUGUCCCCCAUCCAGAAGGUGCACGCUUUUCUGAUGAACGACUGCUUGUUAAUCGCCACCUGGCUGCCAAACCGCAGAGGAACCGUGAAGUACAAAUACAACGCCCUGUAUGACCUGGAGAGCUUCGCUGUGGUCAAUGUAAAGGACAACCCUCCCAUGAAGGACAUGUUCAAGAUCCUCAUGUUCCCAGACAGUCGCAUCUUCCAGGCGGAGAACAGCAAAAUCAAGAAGGAGUGGCUGGAGAUCCUGGACGAAACCAAGAAGAACAAAGUCACCAAGGACAGGCACAAGAAAGAGGAGGAGGUCCCUACAUCUCCUGUGAGGGCUGAGGUGUCCACCAAUCCUUUUGAUGAGGAUGAUGAUGAGCCAGUAGAUGCUGAAGAAAGCGUUGACCUCAGCCUCGAGUGGAUCCAGGAGUUGCCGGAGGAUCUGGAUGUCUGCAUCGCCCAGAGAGACUUUGAGGGUGCGGUGGACCUGCUGGACAAGCUCAAUGAGUAUCUCAAAGACCAGCCAGUCAACCAGAGGGUCAAAGAGCUCAGGCUGAAGGUGGAUGAGCGUGUUCGGCAGCUGACAGAGGUUCUGGUGUUCGAGUUGUCUCCAGAUCGGUCGCUUCGUGGUGGACCCAAAGCCACCAGGAGGGCUGUGUCCCAGCUGAUCAGACUAGGCCAGUCCACCAAGGCCUGCGAGCUGUUUCUGAAGAACCGCGCCGCUGCAGUCCAGACGGCCAUACGGCAGCUCCGCAUAGAGGGAGCCACGCUGCUCUACAUCCACAAACUCUGCAACAUCUUCUUCACCAGCUUGUUGGAGACGGCCAAGGAGUUUGAGAUGGACUUUGCAGGGAACACGGGCUGCUACUCCGCCUUCGUGGUCUGGUCCAAAUCAGCCAUGAGGAUGUUUGUGAAUGCCUUCAGUAAACAGGUGUUUGACAGUAAGGAGAGUCUGUCGACGGCAGCAGAGUGCGUUAAGGUGGCUAAGGAGCAUUGCCAGCAGCUGACUGAAAUCGGCCUGGACCUGACCUUCACCCUGCAGUCCCUGCUGGUCAAAGACAUCAAAGCGGCUCUGCAGAGCUACAAGGACAUCAUCAUCGAGGCCACCAAGCACCGAAACUCUGAAGAGAUGUGGAGGAGGAUGAACCUCAUGACCCCUGAGGCUCUGGCUAAACUCAAGGAUGAGAUGCGCAGCUGUGGCAUGGGCAGCUUUGAACAAUACACCGGCGACGACUGCUGGGUGAACCUGAGCUACACCAUUGUGGCCUUCACAAAGCAGAUGAUGAGCUUCCUGGAGGAAGGCCUGAAGCUCUACUUCCCCGAGCUGCACAUGGUUCUGCUAGAGAGCCUGAGGGAGAUCAUCCUGGUGGCUGUGCAGCAUGUGGACUACAGCCUGCGCUGCGAGCAGGACCCCGAGAAGAAGGCCUUCAUCAUGCAGAAUGCCACCUUCCUCCACGACACCGUGCUGCCGGUGGUGGAGCGCAGGUUUGAGGAGGGCGUGGGCAAGCCGGCCAAACAGCUGCAAGACCUGAGAAAGAGCACCAGGCCGGUCCGAAUCAAUCCAGAGAGCACCACAUCUGUGGUCUGAGAGUGCAGUUACAGACUGCGAGAUGUCGGCUGUUUUGAGAUUGCGGGACAAGAAAUGCAAGAAAUUAACAGUAUGCAUAAUGGACAGCAGAUAUGCAGCAGAAUUUUUAUUGUAUCUCACAAAAAUACAGAUCGAUAUUGGCUAAUACUGAUGAAAAGUGACUUGAGAUUUGUAUUGCUGUCAAACUAUUAUAUGUGUUUUUAAGAAAUGAACCAUAAAAUGGUCCAUUUCUCAGUGGGAAAACCCCACCCCAACAGAUGAAUUAACCAAACAUUUGGUAAUGUGUGUGUUUUCAUGUCAGGGUAUGGUGAUAACCAACAAGUGCACUGUUCCUCAAAAUUGUUCAAUUGUGCAAUGGAAAUGUGGUUCCUCAGGACACAUUGGAGACAAACAACUGAUGAAUGCAUGUUCAUUUUCUAAUCAGACUGGUUAUGUUCAUGGUUACGUUUUCGCCUGUUUUCCUCUGUUUUCUCUAAAUUACAUGACAAUUGAUUAAAGGCAUUGGCAAAAAUCUGAUCAUAAUGCACCAUGAAAAGCUCAUGUGUAUGGUUAAACUCACCUUCCUUUGAUUCUGACGCUACGGGACCGUUAACAGACACUAAAUAUUAUCCUAACAUAACUGGAAUGAUUAAAAAGGAUGACUGAAAAGGAAAUGCACUGGUAAAUGCUCACUGUUGUAAUAGUCAAACACAUAACAUUUAAUAAACAAAUUCAUGCACAA